AUGGCACCUCCUCGCCCCAGGGCCAGCGCAGUCGACACAGACGCGUCCAUGUCAGAUGCUCCAGAGCCAGUCUCCAAUCCUGCCGACGAAGUGGAAGUGGACGAGACACCUGACUUCACCGACUCCGAUACGAACCCCAAUACCACCGCCAGCAGUGUUGUAGGAGAUCAUUUUGUCGAUGGCCGUAAGAAGCGCUCUGAAGCAAAUCAACUCCGCAGAAGCAUAUUUGGCAAGAAGCACGACACGUUGGGAGAAUCGAAGGAGGAUGAUAGUAUUCGGAGAUUUCGCUACCUGUUAGGUCUGACCGACCUGUUCCGCCACUUCAUCGAGACGAACCCGAAUCCCAAAAUCCGAGAAGUCAUUCAGGAGAUCGACCGUCAAAAUGAAGACGCCGCAAAAUCCAAGAAGGGUGCUCGUCAAGGCGGUGCGGCUACGGGCCGUGCUCGCCGGACUGAGGCCGAAGAAGAUGCUGAGCUGCUCAAGGACGAGAAACACGGUGGCUCAGCCGAGACCGUAUUCAGAGAAUCGCCUGCAUUCAUCAAUGGCACGAUGAGGGACUAUCAGGUUGCUGGUUUAAACUGGCUGAUCUCACUACACGAGAAUGGUAUCUCGGGUAUCCUUGCCGACGAGAUGGGUCUAGGGAAAACGCUACAGACAAUUGCCUUUCUGGGUUACCUACGGCAUAUAAUGGAUAUCACCGGUCCUCAUCUGGUCAUCGUACCAAAAUCUACCCUCGACAACUGGCGCCGAGAAUUCGAGAGAUGGACACCCGAAGUCAACGUGCUGGUUCUACAGGGAGCCAAGGAGGAGCGCCAUACCUUGAUCAACGAACGCCUUGUCGACGAGAAAUUCGACGUCUGCAUCACCAGUUACGAGAUGAUUCUCAGGGAGAAGUCGCACUUGAAGAAGUUUGCGUGGGAAUACAUCAUAAUUGACGAGGCGCAUCGGAUCAAGAACGAAGAAUCCUCCCUCGCUCAAGUCAUCCGCGUGUUCACCUCCCGAAACCGACUACUGAUCACGGGAACGCCGCUCCAAAACAACCUUCACGAGCUGUGGGCUCUGCUCAACUUCCUGCUGCCAGAUGUUUUCGGUGAUUCCGAGGCUUUCGACCAGUGGUUCUCGGGACAAGGCCAGGACCAGGACACGGUCGUGCAGCAGCUACACAGGGUUCUACGACCCUUCCUCCUCCGUCGCAUAAAGGCCGAGGUUGAGAAGAAUCUGUUACCCAAGAAGGAAGUCAACCUUUACAUCGGCAUGUCAGACAUGCAGGUCAAGUGGUAUCAGAAGAUCCUCGAAAAAGAUAUUGACGCCGUAAACGGUGCUGGUGGUAAGCGCGAAUCGAAAACUCGUCUCCUCAACAUCGUCAUGCAGCUGCGGAAGUGUUGCAACCACCCCUAUCUGUUCGAAGGGGCUGAGCCUGGCCCUCCUUACACGACGGACGAGCACCUUGUGUACAACUCAGGCAAGAUGGCGUUGCUGGACACACUUCUGAAGAGAAUGCAGAAGCAGGGCAGCCGUGUUCUCAUUUUCUCACAGAUGAGUCGUCUUCUCGACAUCCUUGAGGACUACUGCGUAUUCCGCGAGUACAAGUACUGUCGUAUUGAUGGAGGUACUGCACAUGAAGAUCGUAUUGCUGCGAUCGACGAGUACAACAAGAAGGACUCCGACAAGUUCAUCUUCCUUCUCACAACUCGAGCCGGAGGUCUCGGAAUCAACUUGACCAGCGCCGACAUCGUCGUCCUCUACGAUAGCGAUUGGAAUCCCCAAGCUGACCUUCAAGCUAUGGACCGUGCCCAUCGAAUUGGACAGACGAAGCAAGUGGUUGUGUACAGAUUUGUUACCGAGAACGCAAUUGAGGAGAAAGUCCUCGAGCGGGCGGCGCAGAAGCUGCGCCUCGAUCAAUUGGUCAUCCAACAAGGUCGUGCUCACCCGGGAGCCAAAGGACCGGCCGCCAAAGAUGAGCUUCUGACCAUGAUCCAGCAUGGAGCUGAGAAGGUCUUCCAGACUAAAGCUGCGACUGGAGCGGCAGCAAAGGGCACCGAGUUCAAUGACGAUGAUAUGGACGCCAUAUUGGCCAAGGGCGAGAACCGAACGAAGCAACUCAACGCCAAGUACGAACAACUGGGUAUCGAUGAUCUGCAAAAGUUUUCGUCGGAAUCUGCUUACGAGUGGAACGGCGAGAAGUUUGGCGGCAAGAAGAAGGAGAUCGGAAUCAACUGGAUCAACCCUGCGAAACGUGAACGCAAAGAGCAGUCAUACUCGGUCGACAAGUUCUACAGACAAGCCAUCUACGGCACCACCAAGGCAGAGGCCAAGCCAAAGGCGCCCCGAGCACCUAAGCAAGUUGUUGCCCACGACUACCAGUUCUAUCCUCCGCGUCUCCAGGAGCUCCAAGAGCGUGAGACCUCAUACUAUCGAAAGGAGAUUGGUUACAAAGCCACUCUACCUGAAGGCGAGGAUGAAAACUUGUCGGAACGAGAAGCGGAGCAAGCCCUGGACCAGGAGGAAAUUGACAAUGCAACCCCCCUCAAUGAGGAGGAACAGGAAGAGAAGCAGAAACUAUCACUCCAGGGCUUCGGGGAUUGGAACCGAAGAGAUUUCCAGCAAUUCAUCAAUGGCUCUGCCAAGUACGGGCGCAACGACUACGAGAGAAUAUCAAGAGAAGUGGCCAACAAGACACCGUCCGAGAUCAAGGAUUACGCCAAGGUGUUCUGGAAGCGAUACACAGAGAUUGCCGAGUAUCCCAAGUACCUCGGGGUGAUCGAUGCUGGAGAAGAGCGCCGCGGUAAAACCGAACACCAACGGAAGAUGCUCCGCAAGAAGAUGCAGCAAUACCGCGUGCCGCUCCAGCAGAUGAAGAUCAACUAUUCCGUCUCCACUACCAACAAGAAGGUCUACAACGAAGAGGAAGACAGGUUCCUUCUGGUCCUCCUCGACCGAUAUGGCAUUGACUCGGAGGGGAUCCAUGAGCGCAUCUGCGACGAGAUACGUGAAAGCCCUCUAUUCCGAUUUGACUGGUUCUUCCUCAGCCGCACACCGACAGAGAUCAGUCGUCGUUGCACUACCCUUCUCACUACUAUUGUGAAGGAGUUUGAAGAUGUGCAUCCGACCGGCGCCAACGGUGUUAAUGGCAAGUCGAAGAGAGAGCCGGAAGAUGAGGAGAACGACGAGGAUAGCAUCCUCGGGAUGGCCCCGGCCAAGAAGAAGUCCAAGAACGGUGUCAAGAACAAAGCCCUGGAUAACGUGAAGGGUGGCAGCAAAGCCAAGUCGGCGACUCCAUCGCGAGCAUCGAGCGUUGUUUCUACGAAUUCGGCGUCCGGUUCCAAGGCGAAGUCCAAGGGAAAGAAGAAGUGA